AGUUACACUACUGUUCCGUUGGACCAUAACACUGUGGAUUAGUUUUGCUCACAAACAAACUAUCGGCUUAUAAUAUUCAUUACUAGCGCGUGAUUACUACGUCUCUGCAUCGAGUUCCGUUUUAAAGAUAACAGCGAUAAUAUUUGACCCUACUUAUGACCCCUCCGAUAGUGUAAUUAGCUUGGGAUUUUUAUCAUUCGGAGUCGGAUGUGCGAAACGGGUGGUUGGACCAUGGUCUUAGUGUAAAAUGUUGUGUGUGUUGGUGCUGUGUUUGUGCCUAGCCAGUGCUGUCAAUGGAAUUGGAAACUCGCUGAAAGACCCAUAUAUUUGCGGUUCGCCAACAUGUGCAGCUUCGGAGAAAUUCAAAUACUUGCCAGAAAUCAUCUACCACUAUGAGUACAAAGUGAAUGUGGAGACAUAUUUCGCUGGUUCCAGUGACAAUAGAUCUACACUUGACAUCCGAACAGAGGCUACAAUCCAGUUCAUCAAACCCUGUGAAGGGCUGCUGCAGCUGUCAGACGUCACCCUCAUCGAUCAGGAUGAGAGCUUCCCGGUUGAGAGAGCUGAGAAGUUCAUACAUGCCCUCUCGCUUUAUGACCUUAGGUUCGCGUUCCACGAUGGCAUCAUAUCAGAAGUAUGCCCCGACCCGUCGGAAGAAGAAUGGGUGCUCAACUUCAAGAGAGCCGUGCUGUCCAUGUUCCAAAACUCCAUGAAGCGGUUUGAUAUCAACUUUGUUGGUGUUGAGCAAGACAUCCACGGCUCUUGCAAUGUGAACUACACAGUUCGCGGGCAGAAUGACACUAGCUUGGUGUUGGAGAAGAGACGGGACCUGUCUCUAUGUACAACACGAUAUAAGUACAUGUCAAUACUGCAGAGUGUGCGCUACGAUUUCCAGAGUCGCUUUCAAACAUGGCCAGUGCUAAAAUCCGAAAGCAAAUGCGUCGUGUCCGUCGACCACCACAUCUACAAGUCCGUCAACUGUCGCGAGCGCCAUCUAUUUGAGCCUUUCUCGGGCAAGAACUCUGGCGCCAUGACAACCGUUAUACAAGAUCUGGUGCUAAUGAGAGAGGUGAACAAGACAGACUCGCAGAUCAUGGAGACGCAGCCAAAAGGCUGGAUGGCGAUAGAGAGACGCUCCAAUCUGCUUCACCAUCACAAUUCGCAUGUCAAGACUGAAACUGGAGAGCUGAAGUCAGCAAGAGAAGUUUUGAAGUUGUUGUGCAACAUCAAGGACAGCACAGAUGACUACGUACCAGGAAUGACGAUGGACGAGAAGCUGGACAGCGGUUCCACCGUCGGUUUGUGGGGGAAGCUAGUGCGCGCGGCCCGGGGACUACAUUACCCUGCAUUAUCACAACUCUUGUCUAGAGCCCCGAGCAUCUGUCCUAAAGCGACAAAACACAUGCUAGACGCCCUACCCUACAUAGCGAGCGCCGGUUCCGUAGAACUUAUUAAGGACAUGGUUCUACGUGAAGCAGUCGAUGCCAACACCAGGCAUGAAUGGCUCAUGUCCAUGGCCAUGAUACCGAGACCGAAGCAAGAAAUGUUAACCAGCAUGUUGGAGCUGCUGAAGAAACAGCCAGGAGACCAAGUAAUCAGCUUCACUGUGUCUUCAAUGGUGCACUCCUACUGCAAACAUAGUGGAAAAAAUCUGCGCGAGUGCUGCGAAGAAGAGACGCCCAAGCUGAUAAUGGAAGAGUUUCAGAACAUAGUCAAGGAGGUCGAUAGCAAGGUUUUUGCCACCGCAAAGAGAGCCGUGAGAAACAAAGUUAAAAUUGCGAUAAAAGCGCUAGGUAAUAUCGGUGGCUUUAAGCAGGAGUUCACAGACGUGCUUAUCAACAUAGUGGGCGACGAGUUGGUUCCUGUGCCUAUAAGAUUGGCCGCCGUGGACGCUUUCCGGAGGACACCUUGUGUGGAAACACGUGAAUAUUUCCUAGAAACGUUCCGCGAAGACUACGUAAACAUCGAAGUACGCAUAGCGUCUUACUUGCAAGUAAUGAAGUGUCCAACCUUAAGCAUCGUUAGGAAGAUCUACCACGCUGUGAGAAACGAGAAGGUCAAUCAAGUGGCAACAUUCGUCUGGUCCCACCUGAACAACUUAGGCCAAUCAUCCCUACCCUCUAGGGUGGAAAUCCAGGGUCUGCUUUCUGGCAACCCCAUGCCGCAGUUGGAAGACCAGCCGGACUUUAGGAUGUUUUCGCGAAAUUAUGAGCAGAGCGUGUUCUUCGACCAGUAUAAUGCGGGUGGUAACUACGAGGCGAACGUGAUCUUCUCGCCGGAUUCCUACAUACCGCGUUCCGUUUCACUCAACUUGACUGUCGACAUGUUUGGAGAAUCCAUCAAUAUUCUGGAGCUUAAAGCCCGCGCCGAAGGCUUCGAACGCUACUUCGAGAACCUCUUUGGCAACAACGGACCGCUCAGCAAGACCAAACUGAACGAUCACCUUCAAAACCUUCGCUUCCUCCGUUCCCUCACCGAAGCCGACGACGUACGGGGGAAAGUCGACGACAUCCCGUACAAGAAUGAGGCGCUGAAGCACCAGUUCCCCAUGGCGGAGUUGGGAGUGAAAGUGUUCGGGAAUGAGAUUUCGUAUUGGAACGCGGAGGGGAAUGAUGAGAUUGUGAAGAGCUUGGAGAGGCUCAAUCCGCAGUUGAGGAUAUUGGAAAUAUUGUCUGGAAAGGAAAUCUCCUACAACAAGGCAUCCCUCUUCCUCGAUACUACGUUUUCCGUUCCCACUGGCUGCGGUUUACCCCUGAAUAUGAACCUUAUGGGAACUAGCUACGUCAAUACCAAACUAUCGGGGACUAUGCUGGAUAAGUUUAGACAAAGCGGGAAUCUGGACUUUGAGGGCAAGAUACAUCCCAGCGUUGCAGUAAACAUAGCGGCAACCAUGUCCGUAAACGCCGGUGACCUCAGCUCCAGCGGCAUCCGCGUGAACAUGCGCCUCUACACCGCCACCGCCCUCGAGGCCAAGCUCAACAUCCGCGGCCUCGGCCUGGUGCGGCUCGACCUGUCCCUGCCCAGUGAGAAGAGAGAAAUAUUUGCAGCCAAAUCUGAACUGAUAAUCCUCCACGGCGACGAAGAGUUGCAGCAGCAGGGGCUGAACACCAACAAAAUAGAACAGAACACUUGCAGCUGGUCCGCCUUCGACAAGGGCAUUGGCAUUAAAGUCUGCGCCUCCUAUCGGUUCCCAGACAUGACGAACCUGAGAGACGCUCCGUACUUCAUAAUGAGCGGUCCGGCCAAGUACGUCCUGUCGCUCGAGAAAGCCGACCCGUCCGCCAAGAUAUACUCCUUCCAAUACAAGUGGGAUAAGAAUCAAACGAGUGACGUCAUCGCCUUCACCUUCGACACUCCAGACAGCCAGGAGAAACGCAUGAUCGACGCAGUCCUGAACCUAUCCAACACGGAAACCAACACGUCCUACACAGCCAGCCUUACCUUCCAAUCCGCCAAAAACACUCUUAAAGCUAAAGGAGCGUAUCUCAAUACCGCCAACGUGAAGUCAGUUGAAGCAAGUUUAGUUAUAGAUGGAAGGAAGCAUUUUGAUACAGUCAUGUCGUUAAAGAAGACUGAUAUCAUGUUUGGAUACGUGUGGUUGCCGAAGGCGUACUGGGUUGUCAAUGAUGAGAAGAUUGCUGAGUUAACUGGCCAAUUCAAAGUACGAACUAAAGGCGGCGUCACACAAGCGGACAUCCUUGUAGACUUCCACAUGCGACAGCAAGCCAGCCACCUCGUCGGCUAUUACACCCUCAACGGACCCUCCCACGGACUCCAACUAACUUUAGACUACCAGAGCUACAAGAAUAAGACACAGACGAUUAAGUUAGAAGGGUUGUAUAGUGAGCGACCGCUGGGGAAUAGACAUGAUUUGUACGGAGAACUGGCGAUGGAAUUCACGGCGUAUCCUAUGUAUAACUUCUUUGCUGUGUUGAAGAAUAUGGUAAGUCAAACGUACCUGGACAUCAGCUUCAACGUGUCUUCCUCAAGAGACCCGGCCAUAGACCCGUCGCUGACGUUCGGCUACACGCGCAUUGACACACCUCUUGGCAUGAAGUUAGCCACACAUCUCACCAUCACCAAACCGAGACCUAUGCAGAUGGUAUUCGAGUAUCAAGAGCUCGGCAAGAAAUACACAGUAGUGGCUCUUCUAAACGUGAACCCGAAGUCCAAAGACAUUCUAGUAUCAGGCGUUCUGUACUACCCGCCCGGUACGAAGUUAUUCGCGACGGCAGAACUAAAUACUUCGCUACCAACGCUACACGAUUGCUCUAUCAAGGCGAAAGUGCAUGAGAAGGAAGAUAAAGAGUUCCAGGUGAACGCAGCAGGCGUCUGGUUCACGGGCGUGGAUUUCAACGUAGACGCGCUGUAUCAGGACCAGUCGAAAACCAACAUGGCGUCGCAUCGGCUCAAGCUGAUACUGAACAGUAACCACUUCAAGGACAUAGCUGUCGAUGCGAGGUUUACGCAGGAUAAUAGGCAGCUUACUUUUGUUGGUCAGGGCGAGUACAACGAAGACAAAUACAGAAUGCUUCUUCGCUACGUCUUACUCUCGGAACAAAACUUCACAACCUACGUAGAGGUGGACGCGAACGACAAAGCGUACAGUUUGACCCUCAACGCGGACCUUACUAACAACACCGACGUGUCCAUGGACGUACACUUUGACCAACUCCGCGACGUCCACAUCUCCUACAAACGCUGGCUUACUCCACGCCAGAAACGCCUCAGCGCUGCCUUCAACUGGGAUGCGAACCGGGACCCCUCGCAAAAAAUAUCCAUCGACAUACAGUUAGACAACAAGGGCACUUGGCACCAUGGGGGGCACCUUACACUGUAUUACCCUAAUAGGAUGGUUAAUGGGGAGUUUGAGUUUCUAUUGGAAGAUUGGUACUGCGAAUGGCAUGUCCGUAUGGGCUGGGCUCCCGAAGCCAACAUACUAUGGCGCGUUAAAAUGUACUCAGAGGCCAAACAGGAGACCGUAUACGCACUACUUUCUAGUAUGGACACCCCAUUCGCUGGCUGGAAGGAUACUAGCUUUAACGUCAUGUGGCGUUACCACGACAACCUACAAGCCGUGAACGGCAGCAUGAAUUGGAUGGAGGACUACUUAGCCUUCAGCCUCCUAGCUGACUACCUAUUCAAAACCAACGAGUUUUACGGAGAGUUGAAUGCUGUAGUCAACUCGACCAUACCUACGUUGCCUAAGGCGGCCGCUAUAGCGAAACAUCGGGUGAUUUGGAAGAAGAGUGCAGAUACGUUACUAAGCUUCCAGUAUAACGAAGAGGGUAUGCUGAUGAUAAACUCGUCGUGGCUACUAGACCGCGGGCGACAUGAAAACAACAUCACUGGCACGGUCAUUCUCAUCACACCCUUCCAAGGAUACCGAAGCGGGUUCUUAGACACAAAACUCGUACUGGGACUCAAGAGAGACAUCAAUGGCGUCACUUUAUUAAACUUAGAAGAGAAGAAACGAAAGAUCUUCGUCAAUGGUCACAUGCGACGCAUCACCAACUGCAUGUUGGUAGUGAACGUGACCGAACCAGCCGCCGCGGACGCCUCUCACAUUCUCACGGCCAGAUUUGGCUUCGUCGAGGCUGAUAGACACCUCGUGGCUAUGGUGGUCACCGCUAACACCACUACAGGUGUUGAAAUUCUAUUGAGGCUGAUAUCUACGCAAGACUUCAACGUGUUUGGACAUGUCGCUCUCCCCAUACAGUACCUCACCAGAGCCAUGGUUACCGCAAAACGGGGGAAAGAGGAGGUUGACUUCAGAGUGGGCUGGGCCUCAAUGGACUUCGGCUUCACUGGUAUCUGGCACUACCGCUCGCCCGUCAACUUUGUCUACGUGUACAAAUUGUACACUCCCCUAGAAGGUUUUGAGGAGAAUGGACUGGUUUUGAAGAACAUUUAUGGAGAUGGGCUGGAUUUGGAGUUGUCCAUACGAUUGUCUACACAUAAGUUCGGUAUAGCAGUACUAUUCCUAGACGACGGCCAAGGCAUCAUAGAUGUACUGAGGGAACGUUUCCACCCCACGAAACCACCGCGGGAUGACGUCAUCAUCGAGAAUUUCGACACCACAGCCAAGGUCACCUUGGACACGCUGUAUUACCCGACGGUGACCUUUCAUGCGCACAUUAUGAAGUAUGUUGGCGUGGACGAGGAGGACAUCUUGGAGUUAAAUGCGACGCUACAUCUACCUGAUAAGCCUGCGAUCGUUCUCACAGACACAUUCGUUUUGGUGGGCUUAUCCGAAAUGACCAAUACACUGAACCUGGUGACUCCCUUCCCGGCCGUGCGAGAGUUGAAAUCAGUGUACACCGUCGACAUAACCAUCGGGGAGAGGUUCAACAUUACGUGUUUGGCCUUGUUGUCUAACGGCACUUAUUGGCACGAGAUAUCCUCAAAAAUCUACUACGAAUACGAAUCCGGCGAGGACAACGCGUACCGCUCAUACGUAGCGUCCCUCGGUAUAAUAACGCCACUGCGACAGCUGCGAGCUCUUGAGGCGCGCGUAGCGGCGCGCUUAGAAGACGCGCUCUGGAAAAUGAGCGCCGCCAUCGCCAUGCCGGAGUGCACCAUUAAUGCCGUGGGACGACUCGAGUUGGACGACCCCUUCAUAGAAACAUCGGGUAGUCUCAACUUAACAUCAGAGUAUCUUGAAGACUACUUCGUUCAAAUGCAGUUUAAGAAGGACUUCGCUGAUACGGAGAAUACUAUCGGCGGCGGCAUUCAGAUACAACAGGGGGAGCAGAAUAAUUAUUUCUUCGCGACAGCCAUCUGGCACCCAUCGCCCGAGCGCUACGUGCGCUUCACGGGCCGCUCGGCGUUGUAUUCUGUACUACCCCCGUCCGACGUGUCCCUCCUGUACCGACUGGAGAACGGCCAGCGCUUACUGAACGCCGACGUGAACUGCGACACGGCGCACUACUCGCUGCGCGCCGACCAGCGACCUGCCUCACUCAGCGUCGCGUUGAGUACACCACAUGAAAACUUCCAAACAAUGAAACUAAUAGGUGAAGUUGAGAACGAGAUCGUGACGGGAUCGUUCGUUACGGACACCACGGAAUACGGCAUUUCUGGACAAGUCCUUAACCGAGAUCCUCUCGAGAUGGCGCUGACUCUGGUCCCCAAAGGCAGCGGGUCGCCGCUGACGGUGCGCAUGAAGACGGAGACGUCCCGCGCGCUGUACGCCGUGUCCGCGCAGCUCGCCGGCGCCGUCGCCGCCACCGUGCGCGCGCGCGCGGAGCUGGAGGCCAACUACACCGACCUCAGCGCCACGAUUGACAUGCCUCAAUCGAAAGGCAAAGAGUAUUACUUCAAAUCGCGCGUGGAUUCUUACCCCGAUCUCCGGCGCGUCAUGAAAGUAGAUGCAGUUACUCCGAUCAAAAGGCUCAGCUCGAUCAAAGCAGACUCCGACUUCCUUUUCGGCCCGAAAACUGGCUAUCUUAUAUGCAAAUACGACUUGCCAGACAUGAAAGGAAAUGGAGACCUAAAAUGGAGUUUCCUGAUUGGCGAUCUAUAUAUAAAGGCACUAGGCAAGCAGAACCUUAAAGACAUUAAGAAAAGCGUAGACCUGGACAUUUACUUCGGCAACAGCACCACCCCAGAGGGACUCUUAAAGAACGACGCUGGUUUCAAGAUGGAUCUCGAUCACAUUUGGCAAAUCGGUGCAAACGCGUCCUUCGGUCUCGCUAUGAACCAACGAGUGAAGCUCAUCAUCAAUGCGAUCCUGCCGAAGCCUAACCUGGAUGUCCAUACGAUUUACGUCGAUGGCAGUGUGACCGGCCCUCGAGGCGAAGGAAAGGACUUAGUAGCCGAAUAUAGGACUGACGUUACUGGCAUUCUUACUGGCUUUAGAGGCAACAUGGUUCUCCUGGACACCAACUUUGACGGCAACGCGACCGUCGUCUGGACGUCCGAGGACCGCCAGCACAAGACCAUCAACAACCUCAUCAACUACCGCUGGGACACCAACGAGACGCGAGAACUCAAAUACGUGUUGAACAGCCCGCUUUACGUCGAUGUAUCGACGCUGGAUCUGUACGGGAUUUACGAGAAGGACUUCGUUCAUGGAUACCAGAUUGUCAAAGGCGAGAUGCACUACCCAGGCACCAGUAAGGUGGGGGAGGUGGACAUCCGGUACGGAGGCUUCCGGCACACGGACGGACACUUCAACGUCACCACGCCCUUCCAACGGCUGCCGUGGCUCAAGUCCAUAUUUACCAUGAACAACCUGGAAGAGCAAUCGGACAACCACGUGGAGCUAUUCUGGCCGAAUAAGACCGCCACGGUGAACACGACGCACACAUACACGAAAGAACCCGCAGGCUUUAGGCAAGCGGGCGUUGUUGCUAUCUCGCUCCCGCUCGCGAGGCAGCAUCUUGUCAACACCGACUAUGUCUACGUACAAGGUGAAAAAGAAAGCACCGGCGACGCGACCGUAGACUUCGACCUCGAGCGUUUCGUCCAAGCGUCCUUCAGGCAAAUACUGAGCAAGAGCUCAAGAGAUCUAGAUCUGGCUACCACCGACAUCGAGGUCGUUAACGACCGCAUGCCGGUCGGCGUCAAAUAUAUACAUGAAUACGAUGAGACUGGUAACACUGAUGUAAAACAAGCGACCGUCUUCCACCUGCAAAACGCCACGCGCUUCAACGUGACCGGUGUGAUGGACGUGUUCACAUACGAAACCGGCAAGAGACUAAAGUUGACCGCGAUACAUGGCAACAGGACUUUAACCUUCGAGAACGAAUAUGAAGCUAUUGAUAAGGAGCUUAAACAGGGCAGCAAAAUUAAAUGGGCGGCUGAUACUUGGAUUAAUUAUGACCUUCACGUGACUAAUAUGACCUCGGCGGAGACAGAAUCGCAGCAGCUCAUAAUGAACGUUUGGUACCCGCUCCGCACCUUCAACCUCGUCGGCAUAUAUCGACUACAAGACACACUACUCGACGGCAAAGCUGUUCUCAACUGGAACGUACGAGAUGAGAACAAGACAGCGGAACUGAGGGGCAAGUGGGAGAAUCCUCCGGCUGAAGAAGGAAAUGUACACGCUGUAGAUCUGGCGCUUGCCCAUCCGUCGUUUAGGAAGGACGUGACCCUAAAAGGCACCUACAUCACCACACCCUCCGUCAUGUCCAACCUCUCCGCCGAGCUGCAGUACUCCGACUACGACAACGAGUACCUCCGCCUCCGCUCCGUCCUCACCGACAACUCCAACGGACCCAUCAGAGACUACAAGUUCGCCCUCAAGUGCACACAUCCAUCGACUAACUUGGACUUGGACAUGAAGUCGGAUAUUAAUAUACACAGUCGGUGGUACUAUUUGAAUAAUUACUACAAGUUCCAGAAGACAUUGUUCUAUGAGAAACUGAGGAGCACGAAGUUUUUGGUGGAUAUGAAUAAGAGCUCGGUGCAGUGGGAGCGUGCGAACGAAACGUACUACUACAAAGUGAACGGCAAAUGGGACCUCACAUACCCGGACUAUCGCAUAUUCACGCGCGUCAACAAACCGACCGGCAACGACACCGGACUCGCUACGCUUUCCAUGAAGGAUCUGAGCUUGAUUGGACACUACAACAGUACUGAUGAUAUAUCGUACCACGUGGUGGGCAUGAUCGUAGAUACGCGUUCAGCCAAGAUGAACGCUUGGCGUGACUUCGAUGACGUCACCACAGUAGAUCUCGCAUCCUACAUCCGGCUCAACCACUCGCGACUCCUCACCAGCUCCAUCGUCUGGCGACCGACCAUCUUCAGCGAAAUCAAACAAUCUGCUGUCUACGGUCUCAAAUACAUGUACAGCCAGAUUAAUGAGACGUUGGUAAUACUUAAAGAAGCGCCUAUGGAAUCUCAUUUAGCGUUGAGGAAUAUUUGGAACGAUGCUAAACCGAGAAUACGCGAUUUCCUCGACGAUUUAAACGACUUACACGUAAUUAAAGAUGAUUUAGAUACUUUCGAGCAGUACUUAAAUGAGUCGUAUAACGCCAACGACUUUUACGUAAAAGAUGUAGUGGAAUUCACCUAUUAUGUAUUAGACGAAAUGGCGAUUAGAAAUCAUUUAGAGAGUCUCCCAGGAAUAGUGAAUGAUAUGUGGGGAAUGAUGGGCAAUACCAGUCAAUCCUUAAAACAGAGCUUAACAUACGUCGUAGACACAAUUAAAAUGGCAUAUUCAAAUUUCUUAGACUCCGCUAACAAGUUUUUAGACGCAGAUUUCAUGGAUUUAGUGUCAUCGAGGCUUGAAUCAAUGAUAAUGCAAUAUGAUACUUUUGUAAGGGACUUACAUAUGAAGUUGUUAGAGUAUUGGGAGAGUACUUAUGUGAAUGCGACCAGUAGACUAGCGAAGUACUGGCAUCAAUUGUUAAAGUCCAUGGAGCCCCUGUUCUUCAAGGUUCUGCAUUACACUGAAUCGUUUGUGUUUACCGUUUGGAGGGGGAUCAUGGAUUUCUUCUAUAAGCGACAACAAGAAUUGACGGACAAUCAUUACUUUAAUUAUGUGUCGACAUUUGGACAGGAAAUGGACAAAAUUUAUAAAGAUUUGACCACCAACGACCUCCUAACGAACAUCAAGAAGUACAGCAGCAAGUUCUGGAACGUGAUCUGGGGCAAGAUCGAGAAGUACAUCCCCUUCAAGGAGGAAUUCGUACAAUUGUACGCUGAAUUUAAGAACGGCUGGGAGAAUUUCUUGAAGACUCAGCAGGUUGUCUAUGUGAGGGAAAAGUACAAGGAAGCCUACGAACGACUUAAGUGGUGGUACGACUACUUCAUGAUCGGCGAGGCGUGCGAUAAAAUAUUCGAUAUCAUUUACGAUAAAGUUACCGACAUGGCCAAGACCGCACUGCAGUACGAGGAACUCCACCGCACACCAAAAACCAACUUCAUCUUCGACCCUCGCAAAGGCGAGAUCCUUCUAGAGCAGAAAUUACCCAUGUCCUGGCACGCCUUCAACCGUAGCCCCGACUUCACCGAAAUACAUGAAUAUCGUGUUGUGAGGGACUUUAUGGAUGAAUGGUUGACCACUAACAAGAGCAUCUGGUCAUAUUACUAUGAGAUACGGCCGUAUAUGGAUAUUAACAACGUCAUGCCGCCGUUUGGAGGCAUGGCAAUGAUGACCGGACAAGGCACGCUAGUGACGUUCGACAAGCGAGUGUUCACCAUAUCAGAACCAGGCACAUUCUUGCUGACCAAGGAUUAUAAACAGGGCAACUUCACCGUCCUGAUAGAGAGCAACGACCAGGGACGGUACAAUCUGGUGGUACUCACUAGGAGGAACUUGAUACACAUCGACUUGUAUAAGGAGCAAAUAUCAAUCGGUCGGUCAUUGCCUCUCAACCUGCCCGCCGUGGUCGACGAAUACGUUGUGGAUCGCCAUUCGGAAACCCUCACCGUGGAGUCGCAGAACGGACUGGACAUACAGUGCAACUUCAUGUUCCAUACCUGCAAACUACAGGUCACAGGCUGGUACUACGCGACCCUCGGCGGCCUUCUCGGCACCUACAACAACGAGCAAUACGACGACCUGCAGCUCUCCAACAACACGUUCACCACCUGCAUCUCCGACCUGGGACACAGCUGGGGUCUGGAACCUUCCACCGGCCUCGUCUCCGUCGAAAACCACGAGGCCAAGAACGAUACGGCUUGCGAGAAGUUCUUUAAGAAUAAAGUGUCGCCACUACAUCCUUGCUUCGCUGUGAUCGACGCCGCGCCAUUCUUAACAGAAUGCCUGUCAGGCGUAGAAGCAUGCGCACUUGCAUCAGUCUACAUGGAACUGUGUACGCAACAGCACAUUCCUACCCACAUCCCCGACCAUUGCGUGCAAUGCACAGCCCCUCAAGGCGAGGUGGUGGAAGAGGGUAGCUUCUACACGCUGAAGCACGUGCCCAACUCCACGGACGUGGUGUUCCUGCUGGAGUCCCACGCCUGCAACAAAAACCUUAGGAAGAAGAAGAACAUGGACCUGUUCGUGGAGGCUUUUGAGCUGAAACUGCAGUCUGCCGGACUUUUCGAUAACAGAUAUGCGGUGGUGGCGUACGGCGGGCGCGGCGUGUACAAGCGUGCACGCGCGCUCUACGUCGGCAACCAGCUGUUCGCCAGCAACUACGACAUCGUGCGACACUUUGACGCUUUCAACAUUGAAAAAGUGGACCUCAUGAAGAGCAACAGGACGAUACGUCCGGACGUAUUCUCGGCUCUGAGCUUCGCGACCACGCUGCCAUUCCGAGUUGGAGUGGAACGCACGAUCAUCAUGCUGCCCUGCUCACGCUGCGACCUGCUUGCCAUGCGGCUGGACUAUUCGACCAUUCACCACAACCUAAUGGAGAACUCGGUGACCCUUCACAUCCUGAUGGACGACGAUUUCAUGCUCUACAAGAAACGAGCGGCUAAGAAUUUGUAUGGCGUGGACAACGCCGUAGCGUACACUAACAAGGACUAUGAGGAGCUUAUAGGCGACGCCGCGCUACGCAAGCAAGUCAAGUUACCUAAAGACAAGUUGGGGCUGUGCACGUCCCUCGCUAUGGAGACUAACGGCACAAUAUUCUCGGGUAAGAAGCUGCAGGGCGACCGCGGGCUGGCGCGGCGGCUGGCCACAGUACUAGGAGCGCGCGCAGCCCUGGCGGCCGCGCCGUGCGCGCGCGCGCCGCGCUGCGAGUGCCGCGCCUCCGCGCUGCACUGCCGGCCCUGCCACGCUAACGAACUCGUACGUAUUAUGUUUACAAUGUCCUCGGGUAAGAAGCUGCAGGGCGACCGCGGGCUGGCGCGGCGGCUGGCCACAGUACUAGGAGCGCGCGCAGCCCUGGCGGCCGCGCCGUGCGCGCGCGCGCCGCGCUGCGAGUGCCGCGCCUCCGCGCUGCACUGCCGGCCCUGCCACGCUAACGAACUCGUACGUAUUAUGUUUACAAUGUCCUCGGGUAAGAAGCUGCAGGGCGACCGCGGGCUGGCGCGGCGGCUGGCCACAGUACUAGGAGCGCGCGCAGCCCUGGCGGCCGCGCCGUGCGCGCGCGCGCCGCGCUGCGAGUGCCGCGCCUCCGCGCUGCACUGCCGGCCCUGCCACGCUAACGAACUCGUACGUAUUAUGUUUACAAUGUCCUCGGGUAAGAAGCUGCAGGGCGACCGCGGGCUGGCGCGGCGGCUGGCCACAGUACUAGGAGCGCGCGCAGCCCUGGCGGCCGCGCCGUGCGCGCGCGCGCCGCGCUGCGAGUGCCGCGCCUCCGCGCUGCACUGCCGGCCCUGCCACGCUAACGAACUCGUACGUAUUAUGUUUACAAUGUCCUCGGGUAAGAAGCUGCAGGGCGACCGCGGGCUGGCGCGGCGGCUGGCCACAGUACUAGGAGCGCGCGCAGCCCUGGCGGCCGCGCCGUGCGCGCGCGCGCCGCGCUGCGAGUGCCGCGCCUCCGCGCUGCACUGCCGGCCCUGCCACGCUAACGAACUCGUACGUAUUAUGUUUACAAUGUCCUCGGGUAAGAAGCUGCAGGGCGACCGCGGGCUGGCGCGGCGGCUGGCCACAGUACUAGGAGCGCGCGCAGCCCUGGCGGCCGCGCCGUGCGCGCGCGCGCCGCGCUGCGAGUGCCGCGCCUCCGCGCUGCACUGCCGGCCCUGCCACGCUAACGAACUCGUACGUAUUAUGUUUACAAUGUCCUCGGGUAAGAAGCUGCAGGGCGACCGCGGGCUGGCGCGGCGGCUGGCCACAGUACUAGGAGCGCGCGCAGCCCUGGCGGCCGCGCCGUGCGCGCGCGCGCCGCGCUGCGAGUGCCGCGCCUCCGCGCUGCACUGCCGGCCCUGCCACGCUAACGAACUCGUACGUAUUAUGUUUACAAUGUCCUCGGGUAAGAAGCUGCAGGGCGACCGCGGGCUGGCGCGGCGGCUGGCCACAGUACUAGGAGCGCGCGCAGCCCUGGCGGCCGCGCCGUGCGCGCGCGCGCCGCGCUGCGAGUGCCGCGCCUCCGCGCUGCACUGCCGGCCCUGCCACGCUAACGAACUCGUACGUAUUAUGUUUACAAUGUCCUCGGGUAAGAAGCUGCAGGGCGACCGCGGGCUGGCGCGGCGGCUGGCCACAGUACUAGGAGCGCGCGCAGCCCUGGCGGCCGCGCCGUGCGCGCGCGCGCCGCGCUGCGAGUGCCGCGCCUCCGCGCUGCACUGCCGGCCCUGCCACGCUAACGAACUCGUACGUAUUAUGUUUACAAUGUCCUCGGGUAAGAAGCUGCAGGGCGACCGCGGGCUGGCGCGGCGGCUGGCCACAGUACUAGGAGCGCGCGCAGCCCUGGCGGCCGCGCCGUGCGCGCGCGCGCCGCGCUGCGAGUGCCGCGCCUCCGCGCUGCACUGCCGGCCCUGCCACGCUAACGAACUCGUACGUAUUAUGUUUACAAUGUCCUCGGGUAAGAAGCUGCAGGGCGACCGCGGGCUGGCGCGGCGGCUGGCCACAGUACUAGGAGCGCGCGCAGCCCUGGCGGCCGCGCCGUGCGCGCGCGCGCCGCGCUGCGAGUGCCGCGCCUCCGCGCUGCACUGCCGGCCCUGCCACGCUAACGAACUCGUACGUAUUAUGUUUACAAUGUCCUCGGGUAAGAAGCUGCAGGGCGACCGCGGGCUGGCGCGGCGGCUGGCCACAGUACUAGGAGCGCGCGCAGCCCUGGCGGCCGCGCCGUGCGCGCGCGCGCCGCGCUGCGAGUGCCGCGCCUCCGCGCUGCACUGCCGGCCCUGCCACGCUAACGAACUCGUACGUAUUAUGUUUACAAUGUCCUCGGGUAAGAAGCUGCAGGGCGACCGCGGGCUGGCGCGGCGGCUGGCCACAGUACUAGGAGCGCGCGCAGCCCUGGCGGCCGCGCCGUGCGCGCGCGCGCCGCGCUGCGAGUGCCGCGCCUCCGCGCUGCACUGCCGGCCCUGCCACGCUAACGAACUCGUACGUAUUAUGUUUACAAUGUCCUCGGGUAAGAAGCUGCAGGGCGACCGCGGGCUGGCGCGGCGGCUGGCCACAGUACUAGGAGCGCGCGCAGCCCUGGCGGCCGCGCCGUGCGCGCGCGCGCCGCGCUGCGAGUGCCGCGCCUCCGCGCUGCACUGCCGGCCCUGCCACGCUAACGAACUCGUACGUAUUAUGUUUACAAUGUCCUCGGGUAAGAAGCUGCAGGGCGACCGCGGGCUGGCGCGGCGGCUGGCCACAGUACUAGGAGCGCGCGCAGCCCUGGCGGCCGCGCCGUGCGCGCGCGCGCCGCGCUGCGAGUGCCGCGCCUCCGCGCUGCACUGCCGGCCCUGCCACGCUAACGAACUCGUACGUAUUAUGUUUACAAUGUCCUCGGGUAAGAAGCUGCAGGGCGACCGCGGGCUGGCGCGGCGGCUGGCCACAGUACUAGGAGCGCGCGCAGCCCUGGCGGCCGCGCCGUGCGCGCGCGCGCCGCGCUGCGAGUGCCGCGCCUCCGCGCUGCACUGCCGGCCCUGCCACGCUAACGAACUCGUACGUAUUAUGUUUACAAUGUCCUCGGGUAAGAAGCUGCAGGGCGACCGCGGGCUGGCGCGGCGGCUGGCCACAGUACUAGGAGCGCGCGCAGCCCUGGCGGCCGCGCCGUGCGCGCGCGCGCCGCGCUGCGAGUGCCGCGCCUCCGCGCUGCACUGCCGGCCCUGCCACGCUAACGAACUCGUACGUAUUAUGUUUACAAUGUCCUCGGGUAAGAAGCUGCAGGGCGACCGCGGGCUGGCGCGGCGGCUGGCCACAGUACUAGGAGCGCGCGCAGCCCUGGCGGCCGCGCCGUGCGCGCGCGCGCCGCGCUGCGAGUGCCGCGCCUCCGCGCUGCACUGCCGGCCCUGCCACGCUAACGAACUCGUACGUAUUAUGUUUACAAUGUCCUCGGGUAAGAAGCUGCAGGGCGACCGCGGGCUGGCGCGGCGGCUGGCCACAGUACUAGGAGCGCGCGCAGCCCUGGCGGCCGCGCCGUGCGCGCGCGCGCCGCGCUGCGAGUGCCGCGCCUCCGCGCUGCACUGCCGGCCCUGCCACGCUAACGAACUCGUACGUAUUAUGUUUACAAUGUCCUCGGGUAAGAAGCUGCAGGGCGACCGCGGGCUGGCGCGGCGGCUGGCCACAGUACUAGGAGCGCGCGCAGCCCUGGCGGCCGCGCCGUGCGCGCGCGCGCCGCGCUGCGAGUGCCGCGCCUCCGCGCUGCACUGCCGGCCCUGCCACGCUAACGAACUCGUACGUAUUAUGUUUACAAUGUCCUCGGGUAAGAAGCUGCAGGGCGACCGCGGGCUGGCGCGGCGGCUGGCCACAGUACUAGGAGCGCGCGCAGCCCUGGCGGCCGCGCCGUGCGCGCGCGCGCCGCGCUGCGAGUGCCGCGCCUCCGCGCUGCACUGCCGGCCCUGCCACGCUAACGAACUCGGCCUCUCGUUCUGGAACCAAGAUGACUUCGACGAACUGAUCGACCUUUCCUUGGACCAAUCGCUGCCCUCGCUGAGAUGACAACUUUAGUAUAUAAGAUCGACGAUCGUUGUUAAUAUGAGACCGUACGGUACUUUGUGUACAUAUUUUGAUAUUUUGUACUUCAGUGUAAUGUAGCUUGUAACAAUAUAGUAAAUUAUUUUUGUUAAUUCAA